GGUACCAUUUAACCCCCCUCUCUAUAUGGUGUUAGGUUGGCGUGGCGGCAAUAUGAUAUAAAAGACACUAAAUUUCAACAUUCCAUCAUUCAGCGCUUACCGUCAGAAAUGUCGUCCAAUCUACUCAAUGCUAUCAAAUCCCUCGUGCCCCUUCAGUUUGAAGACCUCAACUACCUCUCGGCUCUGCUCCUUAUACCAGUACCCAUCUUGUUGGCCCAUGUAAUUCCUUAUCUCAGGGAUCCUUACAACCAACGGAGCAUACAAGGGCCAUUCCUUGCGCGCUUUUCAGAUAUCUGGCUAGGUUGGGUAGCGAGUCAAGGUCAUCGCUCAGACGUUGUACAUCAGUUGCAUAGCAAACACGGAACCUUCGUACGUCUUGCACCAAAUCACGUCUCUAUUGCCGACCCGGAUGCGCUGCAAAUUGUAUAUGCCCAUGGCAAUGGCAGCCUGAAAUCCAACUUUUAUGACGCCUUCGUUUCCAUUCACCGUGGUUUGUUCAAUACUAGGGACCGCGCUGACCAUGCCCGUAAGCGUAAGAUUGUCUCUCACGUCUUUUCGCAAAAGAAUGUUUUGGAGUUCGAGCCUUCUGUUCGUCUCUAUGUUGGCCAGUUCAUGAACCAGUGGGAUCGUUUGUUCGACGAAGCCCUGAAAAAUCAAUCUGGCGCCGAGGGAGAGGGUGGUUGGUUUGGUAAGGGAGGCCGUUUGUGGCUUGAUUGCCUUCCAUGGUACAACUAUCUGGCGUUCGAUAUCAUCGGCGACUUGGCAUUCGGAUCACCGUUCGGAAUGGUCCUGAACGCCAAGGACUCUGCGCCUGUUGCUGUUUCACAGAAAGAUGUCAUGAACUCCUAUGGGUCGCAGAAUGAGUGUGCAUACGUCGAUAUCCCUGCCGUUCAGAUCCUUAACGAUCGUGGAGAGUUCUCGGCUUCUAUGGGCGUUCUACCUCCCGCGUGGCGAUCAUGGGUUCGUCUGCUUCCCUGGUACCGCAAAGGUGGAAUAGCUGUCAAGAAUUUGGCUGGUCUGGCAGUCGCUGCCGUCGCCAAACGUUUCACCACUCCAACGGACCGCGUCGAUCUCUUGAGUAAGCUGCAAGAGGGACGCGAUGAUGAGGGAAAUCUCAUGGGCAGAGAAGAGCUCACCGCAGAGGCCCUUACUCAGCUUAUUGCCGGUUCCGACACUACUUCCAACUCGUCAUGUGCUAUCACAUAUUACCUUGCUGCCAAUCCUCCUGUACAACAUAAGCUCCAGAAGGAGCUUGACGACGCCCUUGGCAGUGAAGAUGAAUACGUUUCGACAUACGAACAGGUCAAACGUCUACCUUAUCUGGAAGCUGUUAUCAAUGAAGCCUUGCGUCUUCAUUCGACAUCUUCCUUGGGUCUCCCUCGCAUAGUUCCUGAAGGAGGUUUGACCAUCCAAGGCAUUCAUUUCCCACAGGGCGCUGUUUUGAGCGUUCCAAGUUACACGAUUCAUAGGGACACCAAAGUGUGGGGAGAAGAUGCGGGUGUAUUCCGCCCAGAGAGGUGGUUUGAGCGUGAUCAUGCCACUCUGCAAAAAGCCUUCAAUCCGUUUUCCUAUGGGCCCAGAGCAUGUGUGGGACGCAACCUUGCGUCCAUGGAGCUAUUAAUUAUCAUCUCCUCUAUUCUCCGGCGCUACGAAUUCGUCCUGGCUGACCCGGAUAAAGUGUUUGACACGCGGGAAGGUUUUCUGCGAAAGCCUGUGGAGUGCCGGGUGGGAAUCAAGCGUCGGCAGUGAUGAAAGGAAAGGUAGUAUACUCACGCUUUCUUUACCUGUUUUGAGAGUUUAUCCGCAGCUCUUUGUUUGUUGUUGUUCGCUGCUUCCUUGUACGAUAUCCUCCAACUGCAGCUGUAAUUAGGCUUCUUCCACGGUACACUUGAGCAAACUUUCAGUUAUGGGCUGAUUCUAUUCUUGUUUUGUUGGUCCGCUCUUAGCCUGAUAGCGACAUCGGAGUGGAGUACAUAUAUAUCACAGACCCCUCCCAUCACCCUCGUUCCGCGCUCUCGCCCUCCACCUGUGAGACCAUCGUCUCCAAGGCAGUGGCGGCCAAGGUGGGACGCAUGUCUGCAGAUACUUAUAUAACUGAGCCUAUAGUAUAUCUUGAACAUAUCACAUCUAAUCCCGCCUCAAG